AUGAGCCGUGGUCAUAUGGACCACUUGAAAAAUUCCAAAUUUGUCGCUCAAACUGUUGCACAACAUAAACGUAUUCGAAAAAUUCUCAAAGGUGAAGUCACUGCUACACAAGACACAGUGUGUGCUUUUAUUGAUGCACUCGUUAAGAUUGAAUUUGGCAAGGUAUAUACUGGUGAUGUUGGAACUCAUGUCAAUACAGAUGAUGAUAAUCUGGAGUACAUUGCACGUCGAGAAGAACAGGCUUUGAAAAAAAUCCUACCCUUCGACCAUGUAAACGAAAUAAAAUUUUGUGCCAUAGAAAUUGCUCAAGCAUCAAUUCAACUUAACUCGAAGAAAACUGGCAUCGGCUUUGCGGCAGAUAAAGAUCUGGGCACUGAUCAGCACGUGUUCGGUAUUUUAGGACCACAUACAGGAGCCUAUUACGGCGAUAUUAUUAUUGUUUUCAAACGUGAACUUAUGCAACAUCCAGAUGCAAAUUUUAGUCCGUUGGCAGCCACUAUUUACAAGUCUGGCAAAGCACCUAAUUUUCAUCCAUGGCUAACAGGCUCUGGAACAGACUCGGGUCGAAUUGCACAGUUCCACGCAUCCAAACUUCACUGCUCAGAAGAACGCAAAGAAGCUAUUCGAUCGUAUUCUGACAAUCGUGAAGUAUGA